AUUACGAAAUGUUUGUUUUUAUUUUGACGUGCUAAAAAUAAAAACAAUUGCUACGUUAUCUUAGAACACUAGUAGAUGUUUACUGGUGCAAAUGACUCCUCCCACAAGCAGCAAUAAUAAAAUUAAAUCAGUUCAUCAUGAUUUACCAGCAUAUAUUUCUUUCUACAACAGCUGAGGUGUGAUCCUCCACCAGCAUGUCAGAUAGUGAAGAUAGCAACUUCUCAGGAAAUGAGAGCGAUGGUGGUGAUGAUAAGCAUGGUUCUGAUGAUGGAGAAACUAGCAACAAAAAUGAUAAUAGUGACCAUGAAAGUGACAAAGAAGGCAGUGAUAAGGCAGCUGACAGUGAUGACGAGGAACCAGGCUAUUCAAGAAGGAAGAAUGUGGAUGAUGAAGCAGAGGAAAGUGAUGGAGAUGGAGAGAAGGAUGGUGAUGAAGAGGAACCAGAGGGUGAAGAUCUAAUUGAUGAUGAAGAUGAAUAUGAUGAAGAAGAAGAUGAAGAAGAAGAAACUAGAGUCAGGAAAAAGAAGAGAAAGGGUGCUCAUAGAUUCAUAAUCACUGAGGCCGAUGUUGACGAUGAGGAUGAUGAAGAUGAUGGAGAAUGGGAAGACGGUGCAGAUGAAAAUAGUUUUGAUAAGAAGUCUACUUAUGAUGCCUCAGAGCGGGAGAUUGAGAGCCACCAAAGGCUUAGGCACAUAUGGGAUAGUCAAAGAGAAGAUGAAAUUGAACAGUACUACAGACAAAAGUUUGGCAAUGUCACCACUGCUGAACGAUACGGUGAAGGAGAGGAAAUGUCUGAUGAAAUUACACAGCAAGGUAGAUUGCCUGGUGUCAAGGACCCUAAUUUGUGGGUUGUCAAGUGCAGGAUGGGGGAAGAGAAGUCUACAGUUGUUCACCUGCUGAGAAAAAUGAUUGCAUUUCAGUUUACUGAAGAACCUCUUCAAAUUAAAUCAGUAGUUGCCAAAGAAGGUCUAAAAGGCUAUAUCUACAUAGAAGCUUAUAAACAAACUCAUGUCAAGCAAGCUAUACAAGGAAUAGGCAACCUUCGAAUGGGUUUCUACAAACAGGAGAUGGUGCCAAUUCGCGAGAUGACAGAUGUCUUAAAAGUCGUCAAAGAGACAGCCAGUCUCAAACCUAAAGCUUGGGUGCGACUCAAGAGAGGUAUUUACAAGGAUGAUUUGGCUCAGGUGGACUUUGUCAAUUCAUCUCAAAAUGAAGUAGAAUUGAAGCUUAUUCCAAGAAUUGAUUACACCAAACCACGAGGUAUACUGAGAAAUUCAUCCAAUCAAGAUAACAAAAAGCGUAAAAGACGACCUGUUCAGAAACUUUUUGAUGUUGAUGCCAUAAGGAGCAUAGGAGGUGAAGUAACUUCUGAUGGUGACUUCUUGAUGUUUGAGGGUAAUAGAUACAACAGGAAAGGAUUUCUGUUCAAAAUAUUUGCCAUGUCAGCAAUUGUUGCAGAGGGUAUCAAACCUACUUUGGCUGAGCUAGAGAAGUUUGAAGAUCAACCUGAAGGGAUGCAAGUGGAAUUGAUCCCUGAGAAGCAGGAAAGUGAGAUCGCCCACACUAUGGCACCUGGAGACAUUGUGGUUGUGGCAGAGGGGGAGUUGCAGCACCUUCAGGGUAAAGUUAUCAAAGUUGAUGGCAACAAGAUAACCAUUCUACCCAAGCAUGAAGAUCUUAAGGACCCUCUGGAGUUUCCCCACAAUGAGCUGAAAAAGUUUUUCAAAAUGGGCGACCAUGUAAAAGUUAUAUCUGGACGCUAUGAAGGUGACACGGGCCUCAUAGUGCGAGUUGAAGAAAAUAUGAUAGUUUUGUUCUCAGAUCUUACAAUGCAUGAGUUGAAAGUGUUACCAAAGGAUAUUCAGUUGUGUGCAGAUAUGGCAACAGGGGUUGAUUCCCUUGGCCAGUAUCAAUUUGGUGACCUAGUAAUGUUGGACCCACAAACUGUUGGUGUCAUGGUUCGUUUGGAGAAAGAAAACUUCCAAGUUCUGAGCAUGCACAACAAGGUUGUGAAUGUAAAACCGCAGUCUAUUACAAGAAAGAAAGACACCAGAAAUGCUGUGUCAUUGGAUUCUGAAAAUAACAAUGUUCAAGUUCGAGACAUAGUCAAUGUUAUUGAGGGACCACACUCGGGUAGAAGUGGAGAAAUCAAGCAUAUGUAUAGAAAUUUUGCAUUCCUAAAUUCUCGACAAAUGACAGAAAAUGGAGGCUAUUUUGUAUGUAGAACUAGGCACUUGACUCUAGCAGGUGGAGGAAAGCAAAACACAGCUCAGGCCUUUAACAGUUUUGCGCCAAUGUCUCCAAGAAUUUCAAGCCCUGCCCAUCCAAGUGGGGGUGGGGGUGAAAGAGGCAGAGGAAGAGGUGGUGGAGCUGGAGUGGGUAGGGGAGGUUUGUCAAAGAGAGACAGAGAAAUCAUUGGUCAAACAGUGCGCAUUAUUCAAGGUCCAUUUAAAGGUUAUAUUGGUAUUGUAAAGGAUGCAACAGAGACCACCGCACGUAUUGAGCUACAUUCAAGCUGUAAAACUAUUUCUGUCGACCGAAGUCGUCUUUCAAACCUCACCGGGGCCAAACCAACAGGUGGCCAGACAUCAACAUAUGGUGGCCGUACUCCCAGCUAUGGUGGCCAGACACCAAUGUAUGGUUCACGUACUCCUAUGUAUGGUUCACAAACACCACUGCAUGAUGGAUCUCGAACACCACAUUAUGGAGGGGCCACACCAUCCCAUGAAUCUGGUGGGAGAACACCUAGUGGAGGAGGUGGAAGUGCUUGGGAUCCCUCAAAUGCCAACACGCCUUCCAGAAACAAUGAUUUUGACUACAAUUACGAUGACUCUCCCUCACCUGCUGACUUUGGGGCCACCCCUAACCCUGUCACACCUGGUUACCAUCCUGACUCACCCAUGGGUCCAUACACACCACAGACCCCUGGUAGUGCUUAUUCUCCCUACCCUGUUCCAUCUCCUGGUGGAUUUGAAGCACAAAGCCCAGGCUUUGUGGGAACUCCAAGUCCUGCCACUCAGUCUAGCCCUAGCCCAGCAAGCUUUGCUGGUAGCCCUGGAUACAGUCCCAUGACUCCCGGACCCCCAUUCACACCACAGACGCCUGGGGGUGUCAUGGAAACAAGCUUGUCUGAUUGGUACACAACUGAUAUUUUGGUGAAAAUAAAACCCACUCACGAAAACAAUAAACUUAUUUACCAAACAGGAGUUAUCAAGAGCAUUUCUGGUGGAAUGUGUGCUCUGUAUCUCAUUGAUGAAGAGAAAACUGUAAAUAUAACAUGUGAACAUUUGGAACCAGUUCGUCCAGAAAAAGGUGACAAGGCUAAGAUUAUUGCUGGAGAUGAUAGGGAAGCUACUGGAUCACUUAUGAGUGUAGAUGGCGAUGAUGGUGUCUUUAAGUUUGACAGCAAAGAAGGCGACUCAAAGAUUCUUAUGUUACCCAUACAUUACUUGUGUAAAAUGGAUAGUUAAAUUUAUAACAAUGUUUUUUUAUGCUUUAUUUUAAAUUACUGUUAUUAAUUAGUCCAAGAAAUUUUGGACUCUUGAAUUUGUUUUGCCACAUUGUCACCAUAAAAUAAUAAUUAUCAUAAACAGUGUACAAAGCAUGAAAGAUGAUGGAAAAAAAAAUGAUUUUUGCAUUGUUUGGAGAUUUUACUAAAGCUUCCUGAACUCUAGUGUUGAGCACGAUGUACAAAGGUCAGCUCAUUAUUCAAAGUUUUGACAUUUUGGUCUCUAGUAGUAUCUUUAUUUGUUGGUCUAUAAAUAUAACUUUACUAGCCAUCCCGACCAGGCCCUGCACUGGCAUCUCUGAAAAACUAUCUGCAAAGGACCAUGACUUGUGUGUUUAGUAAUCAGCAUAUACCCGGCAUUGCCCACCCUAACUACAACCAACCAAAACACAAAAAAGUGCAAACAUAACAUAAAUACAAAGACAAACGAAAACACAAAAUCAAAUGCAAAGACAAACCCAACCAUGAACAUAAAGAAAACACAAACAUUAACGCAAAUAAAAUAAAAAGCAAACGAAAUCAAACACAAAUCCAAACGCAAAUACAAAUCCAACCACAACCAAACAAAACCAAAACUAAAAAAAAAAAAACGCAAACAUAACACAAACACAAUUAUAAAUACAAAUGAAAACACAAAAACAACCACAACCACUAAGAAACCACAAAUGCUAACAAAAAAGCAAAUGUAAACAAAUCUAAAUGAAGGGCUCAGUGGAAAAAGUACUUAAGUGUAUUUUGAGAGUUUUGAGAAAAAUGAGUGCAAAGUUUUUAAAUUGUUAUUGAAAUACCAAAACAGCUGAUGCAGAGUAUUUAAAUUAAGCUACUUCGGUACUUUUUCCAUCGCCCAAAUUUACAGGGAUGGUUAAGUGGACGUAGUCAAAUAAUAUACCGGUCUUAACUCAUUUUUGACAAAAUGUAACUUAAGUACUUUUUCCACUGAGCCCUUCAAAUGCAAACUCAAACCCAACCACAAACUCAAACACAAAGAAAACACAAAUGCAAACAAACAGAAAGUGCUCAUAUUCUAGCCGAGGGCGCCAAAUCGCACCAUGCUGAGGUGCCGGCGGAACCGCCUGAUUCAACUUAGUAAAUGACUAUAGUACCCCAACUUAUUCUUAGUCUUAUGUGCUAACUUAAACGAACGUAAGCACCAUAGCAAACACGGGAAGGCCUGCGACGCCAAAAAACACUGUCAGGGCACCGAAGGACGCCCGGAUUCGGCUCAGACUAUAGAUAAAGGUAAACAUAGAGAACAUUUGCUUCUAAACUGUUAUUGUUUUUAAAAAAAUAUUUGUGUUUAUCUGAUAGAAAUUUUGAAGCUUCAAAACAUAAACAUAGCUCUUAAAUGAAAUUUUUUCUUCGAUCUUGCCUUUACAAUCG